CCCGGCUCCCCUCCCCCAACCCUGUCGCCCCGCCCGCGCUGGGCUGGGCGGCGGGGUCAGGGGCCGAGCGGAGCUGGUUAUCAUUUAGUAUGGAAGAAGAUGAGUUCUUUGGAGAAAAAACAUUCCAGCAUUGUUGUGCAGAAUUCAUUAGACAUUCACAUCAGAUAGGUGAUGGCUGGGAAUGGAGAACUUCGAAGGACUGCUCUGACGGCUACAUGUACAAAACACACUUUCAAGUUAAACCUGAGACUCUGACGUCACAUUCGGGAACAUCUUCCUGUGUCCAGACGUGUCUUCCCAUGGAGGAGGCUUUAGAGCUACCGCUGGAUGAUUUUGAAGUGACUGAGACCACACCGGGAAGCGAAGUGAUUAAAUAUGAAUAUCAUGUUUUAUACUCCUGUAGCUACCAAGUGCCUGUGCUUUACUUCAGGGCAAGCUUUUUAGAUGGAAGACCUUUAGCUCUGAAGGACAUAUGGGAAGGAAUCCACGAGUGCUAUAAGACACGGCUGCUGCAGGAGCCAUGGGACACUAUUACCCAACAGGAGCAUCCAAUACUUGGGCAGCCUUUUUUUGUACUCCAUCCCUGCAAGACGAAUGAAUUCAUGACUCCUGUGUUAAAGAACUCUCGAAAAAUCAAUAGGAGUGUCAACUACGUCACAUCAUGGCUGAGCAUUGUAGGGCCAGUUGUUGGGUUAAAUCUACCUCUGAGUUAUGCCAGAGCAGCCUCUCCCUAUGAAUGAACAUCCACAAGCAAAAAAGAGAUUUUAGAAAGCUCUUUCAACAAAACAACAACACCCUCCUCACCGCAAGUAGAGAACAGAAUUCAUGUCAAUAACUUCUUACCACAAAGAAUCAAGCAGAUCCUUGUAAAGACACGUGGAAAGUACUUCUCUGACUGGAAAAUCUGAAGGGGUGAUCCGGGGCCAUGAUUUCCCCCUCUCCUUGGCACUAGGAUUGCUCUUCAAAAGCUUCUGGUUGUCUGGGAAGCUGAAUAUGUCAAAGAAAGGGAUUUUGAUGGUGCUCAUCACGUGUGGCUAAAGUUCCAAGGUUCUGUGUGCGAGGGGCCCCCUCAUUUUUGAAGAUACACACCGCACACUAAAAGCUUGAAUGGCAACCUGAAUGAGGUGGCAACUGUGCAUAUUUGGAAAUGUUGCUUAUCUGUGGUCAUGAGUCCUUUCAAAUGUGUAACUCUAAAAAUAACUUACUCCUAUGCGACAGUUUAUGCAUAAAAAAUGCAAUUUUAAUGUUUUAAUGCUUUGGUCUAGAUCUCCUAUGGUCAUAUUAUCAUGACAAUAAGCUUUAGAAAUCCACUUAUCUUCCUUACAUACUAACAAACAUAACAUCGCUUUACCAAAUAAAAUGGACAAGUGCUAGAAAGAAUGCUCAGUACAACCUGCUAAGACAGUCCCUCAACUGUAAUGUCCUAAGAAAUGUGAGCUAAUAUUUGAAUGAUCCAUUUAAAAGGAUUUUAUCAGUUAAAAUAAAGAUUAUACAAGCUUCAGUCAGUGAAAAUUUUAUCCCAAUAUGGUAAUUUAUUAUCUCAAUCUCUUUUCUUGACUGCGCAAAGCUAAUAAAGAAACACGUUAGCUACAGGGACGACCCUGAAACAGGCUCCAGGAAUGUUACCCACAGAUCCACAGCAUGACUGUUAUGUCCAGAUCCUGCCACCAGACAUUUUCCUGGAAUGAAACAAAGGAAAUUCAUAUAUUUUGUAGUAGGACCACUUGUUUCCUUACUUUUGAGAUUAGAAAGUUCUUUAUAUACUUUAGAUACGAGUCUUUUGUUAGGUAUAUGAUUUGCAAAUAUUUUUGGC